AUGAAAUGUGACAACUUGUUGAUAAAGAAUCUCGAGAGAAGCUUCCUGCGAAAUAGCUCUUCAGGAUUCCAGAUGACGAAGCUCUUGUUGCUUUUGCUCCAUGAGAUUAUUGGAUCCGUUGAAGGAUCAUCCACAAGCUGUGUUUCAGGGCUUGUAUUAGGUGCAUUAGGAAAUGCCUUGAACGUUUUGAUGAUUCAUUGUCUUCUUGUGCCAUUGUGCUCGAAAUGGAUACUGAGCAUCCUCCAUAGCACUCACAUGAAGAGUUCAGGCUUCUGCCCAAAUGCCAAACUUCUCUUGAACUUCUUGAAAAACCAUAUCCUUGAGUUGUAUGUAAGCUCGUUCUCCUGUGAUGAUACUUCUCCAAUGCAAGAUGUUAGAUCCAACUUUGAUUUCAUGAAAGAUGAUACUGGCGAAUGUAGGCUCUUCAUUGAGAGUGUUAUCAUGGUAGGCUAUGAUUGCAACUCCCUCCACAUUUGA